AUGAAUAACCUUAGCUUCAGAGUUUUACUCAUAAUUAUCAUUGGUGCUGUACAGCAAAUACAAGGAAAAAGUUAUUUGCCAACUUGGGACUCUAUCGAUUCGAGACCGGUACCACAGUGGUAUCAAAAUGCCAAACUUGGUAUAUUUUGUCAUUGGGGAGUUUAUUCAGUACCAGCAAUUCAUUCGGAAUGGAUGUGGUACGCAUGGAAAGUAUCAAAUAACUCAGAUAUUAUCCAGUUUAUGAAAAAAUAUUACAAACCAGGUGUCACCUAUGCCGAUUUUGCUCAAGAUUUCACAGCUGAACACUUCAACGCUUCCAUGUUUCGAGAUAUCGUGGAAGCAUCUGGAGCAAGAUAUUUUGUGUUCACAAGCAAACAUCAUGAAGGCUUUACGAUGUGGCCAAGCGCAACUUCUUGGAACUGGAACUCAGUUGACAUUGGUCCGCACCGAGAUAUCGUAGGUGAAUUAAGGGAUGCAUUCUUGGAAUCCAAAGUUCACUUUGGCCUUUAUUUUUCUCAGUAUGAGUGGUUUAAUCGCUACUACAUUAAUGAUCGCAAAUACGGCACUGAUGACUAUGUAAAGUAUGUAUCGUAUCCACAAAUACUGGAAAUAGUGAGAAAGUAUGAACCUCAAAUAAUCUGGAGUGAUGGAGACUGGGAAAUGAGUGAUAAUUACUGGAAAUCAAAAGAAUUUAUUGCAUGGCUUUAUAAUUCAAGCCCAGUGAGAAAUACAGUAGUUGUGAAUGACCGAUGGGGAGAAGGUAUUUCCGGCAAACAUGGAGGUUUCUUGACAUAUUCAGAUCACUUUGAUCCAGGUUAUUUAUUAAAACGCAAAUGGGAAAAUUGUUUUACACUUGAUAAGAAGUCAUGGGGAUAUCGCCGGAAUAUGCGAAGUGAAGAUGUAAACACGGUGUCAUACCUCAUUAGUCAGUUGGUCAGGACUAUUGCUUGCAAUGGAAAUUUGCUGUUGAAUGUUGGUCCAGAUAAAUCCGGGAUGAUAGCGCCCAUUUUUGAGGAUCGACUCCGUGAAUUUGGCAGAUGGGUAAAACGCAAUCGAGAAGCCAUUUUUGACACUUACCCAUGGAUGUAUCAGAAUGAUUCUCUUUACAUUUGGUACACGAUUAGUCCGCCAAGCGAAUACAAAGUGAGGCAUGAUAUGGCUUGGGUACCGCAUACGGUACAUUCCAAACUUUAUGCAUUUUUCCUCCAAUUCCCAAUUAAUGAUACUGUUACACUAUCUUCUGUGCUUUACACACCAACGUUGACAGCAGAGGUGCUUCUCGAUUUUAAUAAGACUGAAUUUCUUGAUGUGUAUGGCAUUCCUGGACAUCCGGUAAUACUGAGCUUCAAAAACUAUCAAGGACUUGUUGUAUUUAGCCCAGUCGUUGUUCGAAUCAAGCACUUUAAUGCUACUUAUCAUGAUCCACUCGAAGACCGGAAACUAAAAGAAGUCGAACAGAGAACCAGAAAUCGUACUAAAUAA